AUGAUCACCACUGCAGGAGCAAAGUCCAGACUGCAAAGGAAAGCUGACAUUGUUAUUGUUAGUCGUACGUCAAACCGAAGCAGAAUGGACUCGACGUCGUCAUUGUUGAAGUCUGUGACCAAGCGCGUGUGGUCUCCGUCCCAGCGUCCAUUCAGGGUGCGCAGUCACAACAGCGAGGCCAAAAAAGGCGUCACGGCCUCGACCUUGGAGGAAUUGAAAGACAGGGUCUGUCGGGCCUUAUUGCUAGUGUCGCCGGUGUCCCUUGUUUGUGAGGAGGACGGGACGGAGGUGGACUCUGAUGACUUCCUGGCCACUCUGCCGGACAACGCUGCCAUCGUGGCUCUGAGGCCCGGACAGACGUGGCGACCCUCAUCGAAUACAUCCGUGGCCCUACGUCAGGAGAAGCUCAAGUCCAAAGAGGGAAAAGACAUCGCUAGCGUCACCUUGGACCUUUACAAAAUGAGCCCCAAGGAUUUGUUCGGUUCUCUGAGCGUGAAGGCCACUUUUCAGGGCCUGUACUCAGUGAGCGCAGACUUCCAGUGUCUGGGGCCCAAGAAAGUCCUCAGGGAGGCCCUCCGCGUCGCCUCCGCCCUCCUCAACGCCGCCGGACACCUCCUCAUCACCUCCGCCUCUGUGAUCCGCCGCGUUAUCGAGGGCGUGGAGCUUUGGCAGUCGCCGCAAAAGGGGCAUCUCUAAGCCCAUGUGAAAAAGUAUUAUCUGGGGGGCUUUUGAGGAAAGACUUUGACAAGAAAAGAUUUGGAACAGCUGUAUUGUACACCAAUGCAAUAUACAGUAUACUGGAAAUGAAGUGAUACAGAAGGAACACUUAUUUAAAGGCAACAAUGAUUAAUAACAUAACCUAAAAGUGAACAUGGCUUGGUCAGUUUAAAAACAACAAAUCUAAGCUAAUUUUGGACCCUUACAACCUGGAACGUUAACAGUGCUUUGCUGCCACCUUGUGGCAUGUUAACAAGUGCUUCUUGCAAGCUAGUAGCAUCACUAAACAAGUGCUAGCUCACUUUGUUGACAUUGCUAAGUGUAAAAUAUGUGCCUUUUCAAGGUUGGGAAAUCACAUUCUAAUAAACAAGAUGUUAAAAUUUAACAAG